CAGCUGGUCAACACCAAUUAUUUGGCUUGGCAGCCUCGGGCUCCCAUCCAAACACACCCUUGAGACAGCCAGUGCGGUUUACUCAUGUUCAUACCAUCAUUAAAUGCCAUCCUGGCUGUUACGGGCGCUUUUGUUGUUGUUUAACCCCUCGUCUCCUCCCCCUUUUCUAGAUCUCGUCGUCUGCUUCUUUCUCGUCUUGCGCAGUUUUGUUCCUCGCUUCUUGCCUCCCCAUGUGACCCAAGACCGCGUCGGUGUUCUUUGCUCUCUUGGCUGCUCGCUUUUGCUAGGUCGCAGAGUGGAGGGAGAUGGGCGUUUUCAGCACUGUGCUGGGUUUCUUCGGGUUUGGGGUGGGAGUCACCAUCGGGCUUGUGAUUGGGUACUUCCUCUUCAUCUACUUCCAGCCCACUGAUGUGAAGCACCCUUUAAUCAGGCCAAUUGUUGAGCUUGAUACAAAAUCAUUGGAAAGCAUGCUUCCCGAGAUACCUCAUUGGGUGAAAAAUCCAGACUUUGAUCGGAUCGACUGGCUAACCAAAUUUGUUGAGCAUAUGUGGCCUUAUCUUGACAAGGCCGUAUGUAAAACUGCAAAGGAAAUCGCUAAACCAAUUAUUGCUGAGAAUACUGCAAAAUACAAGAUUGAUUCAGUUGAAUUUGAGACGUUAACAUUAGGUUCACUACCACCAGUGUUUCAAGGGAUGAAGGUCUACACCACAGACGAACAGGAACUCAUAAUGGAGCCUUCAAUAAAGUGGGCUGGAAAUCCUAACAUCACCAUUAUAGUCAAAGCCUUUGGGAUAAAAGCAUCUGUACAGGUAAUUGAUUUGCAAGUUUCUGCCCUGCCGCGCAUAACAUUGAAGCCAUUGGUCCCUAGCUUUCCUUGUUUUGCUAAAAUACUGGUCUCACUGAUGGAGAAGCCACAUGUUGACUUUGGUCUGAAACUCUUGGGAGCAGAUGUCAUGGCAAUUCCAGGACUUUAUGCAUUUGUUCAGGACAUGAUCAAGACUCAGAUAGCCAAUAUGUACUUGUGGCCCAAAGUUCUUGAGGUGCCAAUUAUGGAUCCUGCGAAAGCACAAAAGAAGCCCGUUGGAAUUCUGCAUGUUAAUGUUGUACGAGCUGUUAAACUUAUGAAGAAAGAUUUGAUGGGAAAAUCAGAUCCAUAUGUGAAGGUAAAGCUAACAGAGGAGAAACUCCCUUCGAAGAAAACUUCAGUUAAGAGAAGCAACCUGAACCCUGAAUGGAAUGAGGAGUUCAAAUUAGUUGUCAAAGAUCCAGAAUCUCAGGCUCUUGAGCUUACCGUUUUUGAUUGGGAGCAGGUUGGAAAGCAUGACAAGAUGGGAAUGAAUGUUAUCCCAUUGAAAGACAUGAUUCCUGAUGAGACAAAAUCAGUUACGCUUAACUUGCUCAAGUCCAUGGAUUCAAAUGAUCCUGUAAAUGAGAAGUUCCGAGGACAGCUCACUGUUGAACUGACAUAUAAUCCUUUCAAGGAGGGUGAUGCUGAUCUUGAUACAUGUGAUGAGUCUGGUACAAUUGAAAAAGCUCCUGAUGGCACGCCAGAAGGUGGUGGUUUGCUUGUAGUUAUUGUCCAUGAAGCACAGGACGUUGAAGGAAAGCAUCACACUAAUCCAUAUGCAAGAAUCGUCUUUAUGGGUGAGGAAAGGAAGACUAAGCAUAUUAAGAAAAACCGAGAUCCACGCUGGGAAGAAGAAUUUCAGUUUGUUUGUGAGGAACCACCCACAAAUGAUAAGAUGCAGAUUGAAGUUAUGAGCAGGCCACCAAGUAUUGGUAUACAUUCCAAGGAAAACCUUGGCUAUGUUGUCAUCAGUCUGGCUGAUGUUAUAAGCAACAAGAGGAUCAAUGAGAAAUACCAUUUAAUCGACUCGAAGAAUGGACGCAUCCAAUUGGAAUUGCAGUGGAGAACAUCAUGAAAGUUCACACAUCUGCUGAAGCGGCAGACUUGGAAAGUUUCUCUUGUUUAGAUGCUCCACAUUUGUAUGGACUUAGCGUCUGCCGAAACCUUGAUAUUUCUACCAUUGUUUGAAACCUCAUAGUUUCUGCAGUUCUAUAACACACGAUUCUGAAGAUCAUAUCCUGGACUACAAACAAAUGAGAUCAUUUAUUGGAGCAAGGUGAUGUGAAACCUUGAUCUUCGUAUGACUGUCAAUGAUUUAUUGGGAAGUUCACUUAUAUAUAGUACGAGCAUGCUAAAAUAUUCGAAUGGUUCA